CUCUCCUCCCUCUUCCGCGCUCCAACAAUUUUUAAGCGAAUCGACAUGAAGACCUCAGUUGUCGUCGUCGUCUUGAUGGCCUGUGCCGCCGUCUCUGCCCAGAUCCCGGCCGGUUGGAACUACAAUCCAUUCCUUUACUACCCGUUCACCGCACAACCAGCGCCCGUCCAGGAAACGGCCGAAGUUGCCGCCGCCCGUGCCGCUCACUUGGCAGCCCACACUUCCGCCGGAGGAUCCAACAACAGGGUGGUCGCCGUACAACCUGUACCCGUUUGGGAACAACCGGCAGGUGCCGUUUUGGACACUCCCGAAGUUUGGGCCGCCAAAGUUGAACAUUACCGCGCCCACUCAGCCGCCGCCGCUGCCAACGGAGUCGUCUCGACUCUUGUGCCUCUUCCGGUGGUCAGUUGGGGAGUCCCUCAACCCGUCCAAGACACUCCCGAAGUAGCAGCUGCUCGUGCCGCCCACUCGGCAGCCCACGCCGCCGCCCGCGGUAAAAGAUCCAUCCAGCAGCAGGACACACCCGAAGUGAUGGCCGCCACCCUCGAGCAUUACCGGGCCUACAACGCCGCCGCUGCGGCUAACGGAAUCAUGGCCUACCUGCCCGCCAGAUACGCCAACAUGCCAUUCGGUAUGCCCCAACAGGUCCAGGAGACUCCCGAAGUGGCCGCAGCUCGUCGUGCUCAUUUGGGAGCUCACGCUCACGCCGCCGCCCGAGUAGCGAAAGUGGUGGUUCCCGUUCAGCCGCUUCCAUCAGCGGUGGUCGCUGAUGCUCCCCCUCAACCCGUCCAGGAUACCCCUGAAGUUCACGCCGCUAAAAUGGCCUUUUUCCGCGCCUUUCACGAAGCUGCCGUUCGAUCUGGUUAAACUGUACGCCUAGAUAUAUUAAAUUGUAAAUUAGGUCAUUUUCAAAUUGUGAUUGUUCAGGAGUCAGAAUGUCGACUGUGAAGGCAUAAAACAAUUGUCUGUUAUUUUUUAAAUGCUGUUGCUUGCAUCCUUCUAUGGUUGUAGCACAAUAAAUCAUAUCGAAUGAUGAA